GGGAAAUUAACAUCAGAAUUUAUAAAUAUACGUACUAAUCGAUUGCAGAAUCUAGUGGUUAGAAUCGAGUCAGUGAUAUAGCACCAUCCCUAUAUAAAAAAUGCGGAUUAGUUUUGUAUUAUUCAUUGGUCUAGUCACGUUUGCCGCUCUCUGCUCAGCCCGACCAGCUGAGAAUGACGCUGACUACGAUGAAGAACCAGCACCUCCACCAAAAAAACCAGCGAGGCCUUUAACCAGCAGAAGGAAUCCUUUAAGCGGUAGAUCUAAUGGAAAAGCUGCAAGUAGCACCACUACAACUACGCAAGCACCAGUGGAAGAAGAAGAAGCUGCCGAAGAAGAUUACGAUGAGGAGUUACCGGCCGAACAAGAGCCAAGUUCGACAACGGAAGCGCCCAAGAAAAAUUUUCUUAAAACUGGAGUAGUUAGGCCAUUUAGAAGCAAUGACGAACUUCUGGCAGCUUUGAAAAAAAGGAGAGAGCAAGUAGUCCACAAUAAGAUCGCCAAACCAGUGCAAUCGAACUCAGAAGAACAGAGUGCUCCACCAGCAGCCGCCGCUGAAAAAGAAACAUCCAAGAAAAGCGCAUCAUCCGGUAGGAGGAAUAGAUUCAAUGCUAAAGAAAAGAGCCCGGAACCAGCAGCAGAGGAAUCUCCAGCACCAGCAGCUACCCCUUCUAGAACGGGAAGAAGAUUUGGUGGAAGAAGUUAAUUAAUUUCUCUUUUAUAGUCUUAGAUCCAUUCAGUUGCUGAAAGAAAAAGGCAAAUAUUAGUUCUAGAAUGAUUAAUACGGAAUACACUAUUAAAUUGCUUGUUAUAUUCAUGAAAGUAUGAACAUAAAAGUGUAAAAAAGCAUCUGAUUGGUUCUGAGUCUAUUAGUGUAGAAAUAAAAUAAAAAAUUGUUUGAGUGUGUGAGUUUAGGACUUGUGAAUCUGUGAAAAAUUGGAAAAUCUACUGUAUAAAAUAUACUUUUGACGGAAAAUUUUCGUAAUAAUAGCUUAGUAAUAGUUACUUAAAACCUGUUUUCUUAAUUUUUGAGCUUAUAUUAAUAUGCACAUCUUAUAUUGUUCAAGGAAUUUAUCACUGUUAUUAUUGUAAGAUUUGUAAAUAUUUCUACUUGCAUCAAAAUUUUACCUAAACUCCCGCUCAUUUGUCGUUUAUCUAUAUUUUGUUAUAAAAAAUAUUUAAAUCUUGAAUAAAAACUUUUUAAAUUGUAAGAAAAA